AUGAAGAAGGGACCCCGCGUUGUUGGGCAUCAGCAGUCCUUAAAACAAUUUACUUCCACCAGUGAUUCUAGUUCUUUAACAAAUACACCGACUAAAAAGAAACUCAAGUCAAAAGCAGGGAGUACACUGCAUCUGUACGACCCUGAAGACGUUGCUGAGCAUACCCCAUGUACCAUCAUCCACAAUUUCUUGCCCCCUGAGGAUGCCAAUCGGUUGCUAGAAGAGUUACUAGAAGAAUCAAAAACCUUCGAAAAGAUCACAUUUCAAUUAUUUGAGAAUGUGGUCUCAAGCCCACACACAUCUAGCUUCUACGUUGAGAGUUAUGAUGAGAUUCAGCGCCAGAAAACAGAGUAUCACUACAACGGCGGCCGACUCACGGUAAAUACUCACAGUAGGAUUGUUACGCAGUGUCUAAUUAACCAAAUGCAGGAUGUUCGGCGUAUUACACCUCAACUCGUCAGCGUGAAACCAAAAGUCCAAGAGGCUGUUAAUGCCGAGAUUCAGAACCGAAUCAAGACUCGAUAUCCUGGCGGCAAGAAGUUGAAAUAUCAAUCUCCAAACCCUUGGGUUCCGAAUUCGGCCUUUGUCAACGCCUACACAGGCCCGCAGCAAAACGUCGGCUGGCACAGUGAUCAUCUAACAUAUCUUGGACCAAGGCCAGUCAUUGGGUCGAUAUCUUUGGGCGUCGCUCGCGAGUUCCGCGUCAGAAGAAUACUUCCCAAAGAUGAUAGCAAAACGGUCCAGGACCAAGAUGCGGAGGGACAGAUAGCAAUCCAUCUUCCUCACAACUCUCUCUUGGUAAUGCAUGCUGAGAUGCAGGAGGAAUGGAAACACAGCAUUGCGCCAGCGUUAUCGAUCGAUCCUCAUCCAAUAUCAGGGACGACUCGUAUCAAUAUUACAUACCGAGAUUAUCGCGCCAACAUGCACCCCAAACUUACCCCUAGAUGUCAUUGCGGGCUUCCAUGCGUGCUUAGGGCAGUGACAAAGAAGAAAGAUACUUUUGGGAGAUACUUUUGGAUGUGUUAUGCCAAUUCUCCGGGCCAGGAGAAUUGUGGUUUUUUUCAGUGGGCUGAGUUUGAUGACGACGGGAACCCUCAGUUCAAGAAACAGUUGGGUAAAACAUAG